AUGUUCCAGCACAGCAGCAAUAAUAAGAAAUGCUUCACCAUCGAGUCCCUGGUGGGGAAAGAACCGAGCAGCUACAGCGGCUCCGGGGAUGAACCCAUCCGGCCCACAGCGCUCCGUUUCCCGGAGUCUCUGCAUCCAUCCGCCGGUGUGUUCGGCUCCUGCUUCCAGUCGAGCAGCGGCAGGACUUUAUACACAUCCGGGCCGGACUUGGUUCUGCAGGAGCCCGGGACGCACACGCACAGCCCCGCAGGACUCCCGCUGCACGCGCUGCAGAUCCCGCCCCCCCCGCAGAGCUUCUUCAGCCCGCAGCACCGGGACGCGCUCAGCUUUUACCCCUGGGUGCUCCGCAGCAGAUACCUGGGCCACCGCUUCCAGGGUGACGACAGCAGUCCGGAGAACCUUCUGCUUCACGGUCCGUUCUCCAGGAAACCCAAACGGAUCCGGACGGCGUUCUCUCCAUCGCAGCUCCUCCGUCUGGAGCGAGCUUUCGAGAAGAAUCACUACGUGGUCGGAGCUGAGAGGAAGCAGCUGGCGAGCGGACUGUGUCUGACUGAGACGCAGGUGAAGGUCUGGUUUCAGAACCGCAGGACGAAGCACAAGCGUCAGAAGUUGGAGGAAGAGUCUCCGGAGGCUCUGCAGAAGAGGAAAGGCAGCCAGCACGUCAACCGCUGGAGAGCCGCUACGCUUCAGCCCGGAGGAGCCGAGGACGUCGACGUCAUCAGCGAGGACUGA